AUGAUCAACAAUCAUAGACACUGGCAUGAAAAGCUACCGUUUGCAUUGCUGGGAUAUCGUACCACCAUCAGAACUUCUACUGGGGCUACGCAUUAUUUUCUGGUAUAUGGUAAUGAAGCUAUGAUACCUGCUGAAGUAGAGAUACCAUCUCUAAGAAUUAUUCAGGAAGCAGAGUUGAAUGAUGCUAAAUGGAUACAAGUUCGGGCGGAGAAUCUGGCUUUAAUAGAUGGAAGAAGAAUGAACGUCAUUUGCCAUGGUCAACUCUAUCAAAAUAGAAUGGCCAGAGCUUUCAACAAGAAGGUUAGACCCAGACACUUCUCACCUAGGCAACUGGUUUUGAAGCGGAUUUUCCCAAAUCAAGAUGAAGGACAGGGUAAAUUCUCACCAAACUGGCAAGGUCCAUACAUAGUCUCUCGGGUAUUGACAGGAGGAGCCCUCAUACUUGCAGAAAAUGAUGGAGAAGUUUGGCCCAAACCUAUCAACUCAGAUGCUGUGAAGAGAUAUUACAUCUAA